UCCCAAGCACUUCUUUUGUGACUUUCCGUUCGCGUUGACGCGUAUCUCCCGUAACCCGCGUAGUCCGGCUCCGAGGCGGAAAAACGCGUGCUCCUCGGCUUUUGUUUUGUGCUUUCCCGCGUUGCACCGUGUGCGCGCGCUUGUGUGCUUUUGUUUUGGUUUUGCGUGCAUCGUGAUCGCAUCGAAUUUCGGUUGCUCGAUUUGGUUGGCCAGUGUACGGUUUGCUGUGCGUUGUUUGCAUUAUCUCCUAGUUCUCCUGCCGGAGGACAUCCCGACCGGGGUGAACCAGGGAGUCGUUAGCUGGUGCAGUGCAUAGUGUCGGGGCACUAAACUGUGGUGAUUCAUUCGAUCAUCAUCGAGCAGGAUAAAAAUCAAUCAACUAAGUUCGAGUUUUGUUUCGUUCGAAUUCUCAAACACAAGAUAAGUGAAAGUGUUUGCUAUCGUGCCAAGUGAGCGAGUGGCGGGAACACCCGCGGAAAGUGUGGGUGCAAACCGGAGCAGAAGAAGAAGAAGAAAAGGAAAACAGGGUGGUGACACUUUUGCCCGCUCAAAGAUAAUAUAAGCAGUGAUACCGAUAGCAUCGUGUGGUCUGUUAACGGUCCGAAGAAAGAGAAAAGAAGAAAAAAAAACGGGAAGAAUUUUAAUAGUUACCGCACACGUGUGCAUUUUGUGUGGUGAGCGCUGAUUUAAACUAAACAGCAAAGUGCCUUACGUGAGGUGAAGUCGAAUUUGUGUCGCCAAAGCAAGUGUGAAUUGUGAAGUAACAACAAACCAACAAAAAGUCAAAUUAUAUACAGCCUUAGCUUAGUGUCGUUGUGCCUCAACUGCGCGAGGGAAAAGUGCAAAUCUUCUCCAGCAGAAGAAUCCGCUCAGUGGAAUCGAUCGUCGCGCAGCAGCCAUUUUUCUAUUGCCCAGCAACUGUUUGGCGGACGACUGUGGCUUGCGGCUUGUAGGCCGAUCACCAUACAGCCACCCUGAGACAAGCGGCCUUCGCAGCAUAAUUGUGAGUGGUGUUCAUAAUUGUCCUCGCCGUGAAAAUAUUGCGCCUUGAUUGGCCUCGCUCGUGUUAAAAAAAGGAAAAGCAAAGCCUUAAAAAUCGAGAGUGAAAAGCUUGGUGUGCGCGCGCGUGGGCCAAGCAGAAGAAGCAAAAGCAAUAAACCAAGAUCGAGAAAAGUGAGCUUCAGUUACAUUGCGCAUUUGGUUACAUCGGAAUUGGUGAAGGUGUUUGGUUGGUUGUUUUUUUCGGGCGGCAGCAAGAAAAAAAAAGGAAAUUAAUGAUAAUCAUCGAAUGAGCGAGCAGAAAAAAUAAUAAUACGCACACGGCACGCAGAUAAGUUGCACCACCAACAACGAUCGAGAUGAUCGGUCUCUAGUGGUCCUCCUCUCUAAUUCAAUGCCCCACCGAGUGAAGUGCAUUUUCCUCGUGUGCUGAAGUGUGUGUGAGUGAGUGUAUUUGUGAGUGUGUGCGGGAGCGGAGUUUUGGAGAAAAACGAGUUUUCCAAGCGGUUUUGUUGCUGUACGGUUGGUGUUCUCCAGGCCCAAGUGUGCGGGGUGUACUUGAGCACCCUGAAGAGUGUUUUGAAGGUGCGCUCAACAAUUUCCGUACGCGGGAAAACAUCUUUCCGGAAAAAUCCGGUAUUGUUGGUGCUGAAACAGUGUGGAUCCUCGUAAAAGGUGCAAGAAAGUCACUCUUAAGACGCGAAACCUGCUGUGCUUACUGUUUACUGAGAACAUCCGAAGGACGAGUCGGGACUUCACGCCUCACUGGAUUAACACACAUUUCGCUCUCGAAACGGAUUAUCGGAGGUCGGAAUAUCGGUUGUGGAUUACAAUGCGGAAGCAGCUAGUUCAGUAUCAGCUGUCGAUUGGAUUCAAGAAUGCUGCUCUGGAAACACAAACCCCUGUGAUGAUCGAGUACUGACCCUCACCUGGAUCCUGCCCGCCUGUUGAACGAGCCCAGAAAAUGAUACUGCAGUUCCGAACAGAGCCCAAUCUUGCCAGCUACUACUUAUCAAGCAAACCAAACAGCAACUGCUACUCGAGCUCGCCACCUCGAACAACAGAGGCAGCAGUCGUUGGCAAACAACAUCGAAACGAUACCAACGAACCAACAGCACCAUAUGUCUUCAAGCUACUCGCAGAGCGCAACAAGCAAUAUUACCUGCAACAUACACUAAGAAAGAUAGAACUUGUAAGAAACGGUGAAACAAGCCUCACUCCGUUUACCUAACCUGUAAUGCAACGAAAUCUGUGAUAAAUGAUAAUAAUUCGUCGAAAGGAAGCUCGUGUGAUAAACGUGUGUAGAGAGUUGAUAUUUUGCGUGGUGGAAGAAAACGACCGUUAUCGUGCGCGUGCAUGUGCGUGGUGAAAUAAGCAAUAUUUUUGAAAAGGUGUGCCGUGGUGAAUGGUGAUUAGCGGUUUGUGGUGAAAUUAUAAAAUCUCGUUACAGCGCCACCUAUGCGAAGUUGUACGGAAGCUUACGAAAGUGAGCGCAUUGUGGUGUCUUGGCUAAAUGUGUGGUGAAUAGAGUUAGAGAGGCAGUGUGGUGAGAAAGCGAUUGCGAUUGUUUUUAGCCUUCAAAUCGUUGAAGUUUAUUUUUAGAGAAUCUUUGUUGCAUUCGCGGCAAAUGUACAGCUAUAGUAUCGGUCUAGGUAGAAAUUGAAUUCGAAAUUUAAACGCUGGCGUUGGCGAGUUUACGGGGUGGCUCUGCCAUCGUGGCGAUGCCAUUUAUCGACGAUGAGUUGCUGUGGUCCCCGGACAACGAUGGACGGAUGGUGGAUCUGCAAGCAUGCCUGCAAACGGAGAGCAACCAAGCUACGGCAAGCCAAACGGCCGAGCUGGCGAGUGAGUUGAACACGCUAGAUCAACUGGACAAUGAUUCGGACGAGCUGCUGCGACAGUUGACGGAGAACACGUUCGAGUUGGAACAGUUCUUCCAGGAUUUUCCUGCCACCGAGAUAAAAGUCGAGGAGAACAAUAACGAUCUACAGCUAGAUGAGGAAGCGAAUGGACAGAUCUUCCUACAGAAUUGUAGUCAGUUCCUAACGUCGGCAGCGGCGGCCGCACAGCUAAGCGCCCUGUCCGUCAGUGAGCCAAACGAACUCGACGGUGGCCUGCAAAGGCUUUGCUCCGGUGGCAAUGAUCAGCUCGUUGGAUCCGGUACUCUCACCACGCAACAGCUGCAGGAACAGCUACUCAUUGCUCAAGCGCAGGGGCUGUUGCAGCAGAACCGUUUCAACAAUUCACUGCUCGCCGAAAAGUUGCUGCAGAACCACCAUCAACAGCAGCAGCAGCAGCAUCUGCAUCAUGCACACACCACAUCACAAAAUGGCGUUACCAGUCUGGAUGCACUCGGUGUGCCAUCCAGCAGCAGCAGCAACAACAAUGGCAACGGUAGCAGUAGCAGUCACGGUGGAAGGGCGAACAAACCGCCCGAUAUCGUCAUAAAAGAUGAAAUCAAAUAUCAAGUGGACACCGAGAUACCGAUCCUGCCGCAAUCGCCGAGUCCUCCGCCACAGUCCCAACGGUCGUCCCUGGCCGGUGGACAGUCGCAGCAAACGGCCAGCCUGCUGGCCAGCACGUUACAGCCGUCCCAGCAGCACAGGCCCCUACUGCACGGGCUCCUGAGCGGUACGCACCUACCGCAGGGACCGUACCAUCGUGGCUACAGCACGUCCAGCACAGGUUCACUACCUCCGAGUCCCGCCGACAGCGGAGUGUCCGAUGUGGACAGCUCCAGCAGCGGAGGCCAGCCGGCCUGCAGUGACGAGCUGAAGGCUCGCCUUGGCAUUCCGACCAGCAGCACCGGACCGGUCAGCAGCCAGCCGGGCCAACCGUCACAUCCGCACCAGCAGCAGCAGCAGCAACAGCAACAGCAGCAGCAACACCAGCAGCAGGCAUCCCAGCAACAACAUCACCAGCAACAUCACCAACAACCACCGCCCCAACAUCAGCACUCCCAGAGUCAACCACUGUCGGUGCAUCCGAAUGGGGGGACCGGCUCACCGAACGGAGGCUCCCUCUCGUCCUCGUCCGCUCUCUCCCAGGUGGCAGCAGCUGCCGUGGCCGCGGCCGCAACCCAGCAGCACCUCCAGCAGCAGGCCGCCCAUCUACAGUCCGGCCCGUUCCUGCGGCCCAACUUUUACCAUCACAAUUCGCCACCGCUGCGCAACAUCUGGAACCAGCGGAGUGUACCACUGUCCGACAACUAUCACUACCUGCAUUCGAUGAACUCACCCAACGGCUACCCAUCGGCAGCGGCCGCCGCUGCUGCAGCAGCCGCUAACCACUUCGCUUCCGGUGGUGCCGGUGGUGCUACGAACGGAACUGCCAGCAAUGGUGCUCCGGCCGGUGCGUUAGGCCGUGGUGGUGCUGGCACAGGUUCUGCCGGUCCGCUCGGUGGAAAUGGUGCGAUGGGACAGCAUGGGCAUCUUGCUCCGCACCAUGCCACGAACCCUGCCCACCAUCACGGACAUCUUGGCCAGCAGCAUCUCGGACAUCAUCCACACGCCGGCAAUGGACAUGUAGGUGGUGGUGCGAACUCGGCAGCUGCAGCCGCCGCUGCCCUGAUGGCGAACGGCAUCGUCAACGGGUUGGGUCACCACGGUCAACAUGGACCGCACAACGUGUCCUCGAGCUGUCCCGACGAUCUGUACAUGCUGGAGCUCGGGUUCCAACCGCGCAAGCUGAAGAAACCGAAGAAGCCCAAGCUCGAGAUGGGUGUGAAGCGAAAGUCUCGCGAAGGCUCCACGACCUAUCUGUGGGAGUUUCUGCUGAAGUUGCUGCAGGAUCGCGAGUACUGUCCACGGUUCAUCAAGUGGACCAACCGGGACAAGGGCGUGUUCAAGCUGGUCGACUCGAAGGCGGUCUCGAAGCUGUGGGGUCUGCACAAGAACAAGCCGGACAUGAACUACGAAACGAUGGGCCGAGCGCUGCGAUACUACUACCAGCGGGGGAUACUGGCGAAGGUGGACGGCCAGCGGUUGGUGUACCAGUUCGUGGACGUACCGAAGGAUAUCGUCGAGAUUGACUGUACCGGUGCCUGAAGUCCGCGGCGGGGUCGUACCCGUUGUGGGAUGCGGCCCGCGGACAGAACACCAUCGUCCGACCAACACACACAACCACAAACCCUACGCUAGUCCGGUUUCUUCCAGAGCAAGAGAGCAAGAGAGAGCGAGAGAGCGAGACAGAUGGAAUUGGUGCUGGUGGAUCGCUGUCUCGUGUGCGUGUGUCCUUCUAUCUCGCUGUCACCUCACCAGAAUAGUUGUGAGGAGAAGUUCUGCCUGACCUCCGUCUUAACCCUCCCCACGUUGUACAAUUGGAUCGUUUUACCACUUUGAUAUUUAUUCGUCCUUUCUUUAAGUUUUUUUUUUAUUAUUUGUUUGUUAUACGCUAGUGUUAACGAUGGCUGCAAAUUGGCGUGCGAGCGACAGAGAGCACCAUGGAUCUUUUCGUUUCGAUGCGUGUGCAUCAAGGCAAUGCCUUAUUUUGGGGGUGUUAAAUCAAGCAAAACUUUUUUACAAAUCAACCAUACAAGACAUAUUUUAAAUAGUACCCAUGAAAAGGAAAAGACAAUAACACACAAACAAACAAGAGCAAAAAUAGAUACACACGCACUUAGUACAAUUAAACAAAAACCAGAGCAAAAACAGUAAAUCUACAUAGAAAAAAAAACACCCACAAAUAUAUAUAAAGAGAAAAUGGCAAUAUAAAGAAUUGAAAGCUAAGAGUACAAAAAAACGAAGAGAAAAAGGAACAAGAAACACACACACAUCGACACAGAUAAGUAAAACAUAAGAAAUGUUGCUGGCAAUAGAGCAAAAUAGUGAUUAGCAAAAUUUUUAAUUCUCCUCUACUUUUUGGAUAAAAAAAAGCGAAAAAUAGUUAAGUUAAUCCCCCAAAUAGAACCCAUACCACUUACCUUCGGAUGUAUGCUCACACACACACAAACACUCUGGAGUUUUUGGAGCGUUUUUUUUAUUUUGAUUUUUCUUUUAAUUAACCACCCGGUGUGAGAUUUUCGUUUGUAUAGGUGUGCGCGUGCGUGUUUUCUCGUGAGUUCGAAAAGUUUCUCAUUGUAAUUAUGGUUUUCUUGUAAGAUAGUUAGCUUAAGUCGAUUAACCGCGUUAAGUAUAGUUCUGAGUGGCGGACAGCGGUUAGUUUGGUGUACAUUUUGGUUUUUAAGUUACAAAACAUAUCUUUAAGUCGCUUAGAUAACGAUCGUUUUCCGAUGGCGAGCUGUAAAAAAUGUAAAGGGAAGUUGUAUUUUAUUACGGUUAGGUUAGGUUAGGCCGUUCGCGCAGAACUCCUAUUUUUAUAACUUUUAACUUUGAUCCACCACUACUUUUACUGCGUUAGAAGUUAACUUUUAAUUUGAUCGACCCACGAUCAUCCGAUCGCCAAUUCGUUAACCGUUUUAGCUUACUUCACACUAGCUGAAGGCUCGAAGCUGCCCCAUUACAAUUUUUAACCCGCUACGCCUUAACGAAGCGUAUCCUUAGAAAGGGAAGGAGUUUACUGGCCGGAUGCGUCCCGGUCCGGGCGUCCGGACGCCUGCUGCAACCACUGUCACAGCUUUCCACUGCCCCAUUUUCCGUGUGAAUCAGUGAAAAAUUACCCUUUUUUCUAUGUGUCAAGAACUCACCCUUUUUUUCGUACGUGUGGAUGCGAUCUACUAACAGCGUGCGAUACUCACCACAGACUAAUUGGUUGGCAUACAUAGACAACAGGGAAGAAAGCGAGGAAAAAGAAAGAAAGAGAUAGAUAGAAAGCGAACGACCCGGCGGAGGGUAUACGUUCGUUUGUUUAUUAUUUUCAAAUUCGACCGUUCUUUAUUUUAUUAUUCAGUUUUGUGUGCAUAUUCGAGUUUUUUUUUUUUGUUUUUCGUCAAGUUUUUCUUUGUUUGCCUUUUUGUUUUGUGUUGUGUUGUUAGAAUCUUGAUCUCAUUAAUUUAUUCAUCUGCUUUCUUUGCCUCCUGGACGAGUAUUUGGCACGGUUCGUGUAAUGCGUGCGUGCGUGUGUUUUUUUUUUUUGUAUAUUUUAUGCAUGUGUGAGUGUACAUCAGACAAAGUUGGGAGGAAAAACAAUCAAAAAAGCUUCUAUUUUUGUACUUUUAAAACACAAAAUCACACACACACACAUGUUUUGUUUUAGUUUGAUUGUAUUGUAUGAAGACAGUACAAUGCCACCGCCUGCUUAAGUGCUAAGCCGUGAAGUUAUCAAGCAAUCGUUUUAAUUUCUAAGAACCAACCAUAUCAAACACCACGAAAACAAACAACCACACAUACAGAUUACAAAAUAUAGAUACAAAAGUUAAAUCCCCCAUUUUUUUUUUAUUUUCUAAAAGAGAAAAUAGUAGGGAAAAAGAUAUAAGUAAAGUUAAAAAGAAUGCAAAAACAAUACAGUGUUACAAAUCAAAAAUGUACCGUCUCGUUUUUAAGCAAAGCAGAAUGUUAAAACAAUAGAUCUAUAUAUACAUAGUAUAAAAGCGUUAAUCAUUACAAAACACUAACAGCCAACAAUAGGAACAGAAACAAACAGGAAAACAAAACAAAAAAAAAACACAAAUAAUAAUGCGGCACUCGUACGAAAGUGUGUGUGGAUUUUUAUUUCUUUUCGAUACGACUGCGUCUGUGUGCGUGUGUAUAAGAAGCGGAUGCUAUUUUUUAACUGUUUGCAAAAGUUUUAUAAUUGAGAAUUAUUAAGUAAUUAGUUGGAUAGCGUUCCAAUUGUUUAUAAAUAAUUUGUAUAGAGAAAAAAUGCGGAUGAGAGAGAAUAGUUUGUAAAGGAUGAGUAAAUAUGUGAAAGAAGAAGUUAAAAGCGUAAAAUGGGCGAAAUGUAACAAAAGGAAGCAAAACAGAGAAAGGAUAGUGAAUACGUAAGGAUAAAACAGAGAAGCUAGUGAAUGGUUAAGCUAAAACAAAACUGUGCAUAUUUUGUUGUAAAUGGUGCGGCCUCCCGUGACCGUGGUUGUAAAAUUAUAUCUACUUUUUAAGGUUCGCGCGCGUUUUCAAGCCGACGAAUGUGACGAAUAAAACCGCUAUAUAAAUUAUAA